GUCAGCGGGGCUGCAAACCGACCGUUCUCCAUGAGGAGGAGAAGAAGAUGCCGGCUCUGCCAGCACUGCUGCUGCUGUCGAUUCACUUCCUCUUCCUGUUUCUGACCAUGGUCCCGCCCCCUUACAGCCAAGGAGCCGUGCUGUCUUCACUGCGAAUGGCCGCUAUCCUUGAUGAUCAGACAGUGUGUGGUCGAGGGGAGAGGCUGGCUCUAGCUCUGGCUCGUGAGAAUAUUAACAGCAUCACCGAGGUCCCAGCGAAGGCAAGGGUGGAGGUGGAGAUAUUCGAGCUGCAGAGAGACUCCCAGUACGAGACCACUGACACCAUGUGUCAGAUCUUGCCGAAGGGUGUGGUCUCUGUGUUAGGCCCCGCCUCCAGCCCCGCCUCUGGUUCUACUGUCAGUCACAUCUGCGGGGAGAAAGAGGUCCCCCAUGUGAAGAUCGGUCCCGAGGAGACGCCCCGCCUGCCCUACCUGCGCUUUGCCUCGGUCAGCCUGUACCCCAGCAACGAGGACCUGAGCCUGGCCCUGAGAGCCAUCCUGAGCUUCUUCAGCUUCCCCUCCACCAGCCUGAUCUGCGCCAGGCAGAGUCUCCUGCGCUUGGAGGAGCUGGUGCGGCACUUCCUGAUCUCGCGGGACACGCUGUCGAUCCGCAUGCUGGACGACAGCCAGGACCCCACCCCCCUGCUGAAGGAGAUCCGGGACGACAAGAUCGGCACCAUCAUCAUCGACGCCAACGCCUCCGUGUCAUACCUCAUACUGAGGAAGGCUGCAGAGUUGGGGAUGACGUCAGCGUUCUACAAGUACAUCCUCACGACUAUGGAUUUCCCUCUGCUCCGGUUGGAUGAUAUAGUGGACGAGCAGUCUAACAUCCUGGGCUUCUCCAUGCUCAACACGACCCACCCGUUCUACGUGGAGUUCCUGAGGAGUCUCAACAUGUCCUGGAGAGAGAACUGCGAGAUGAGCCUGUACCCCGGGCCAGCGCUCUCCUCAGCUCUCAUGUUUGAUGCGGUGCACGUGGUAGUCAGUGCAGUGCGGGAGUUGAAUCGCAGUCAGGAGAUCGGGGUGAAGCCGCUGUCCUGCACCUCCCCUCAGAUCUGGCAGCACGGGACCAGCCUCAUGAACUACCUGAGGAUGGUGGAGUAUGAUGGGCUCACUGGUCGCGUGGAGUUCAACAGUAAAGGCCAGAGAACCAACUACACCCUCCGAAUCCUGGAGAAGCACCGCGGGGGUCACAAAGAGAUUGGUAUCUGGUAUUCUAACAACACGCUAGCGAUGAACGCCACGACGCUGGAUAUCAACGUGUCAGAAACCCUGACCAACAAAACGCUGAUCAUCACCACCAUAUUGGAGAACCCGUACGUGAUGCGCAAGUCGAACUACCAGGAGCUGCAGGGGAACGGUCGGUACGAGGGGUUCUGCGUGGACAUGCUGAAGGAGCUCGCCGACAUCCUCAAGUUCAAGUUUCGCAUCAAGCUGGUGGACGACGGGCUGUACGGGGCGCCAGAACCCAACGGGUCCUGGACCGGCAUGGUGGGGGAGCUGAUCAACCGGAAAGCUGACCUGGCGGUGGCUGGUUUCACCAUCACAGCGGAGCGAGAGAAAGUGAUCGACUUCUCCAAACCCUUCAUGACCCUGGGGAUCAGCAUCCUGUACAGAAUGCACAUGGGUCGGAAGCCGGGGUACUUCUCGUUCCUCGAUCCUUUCUCUCCAGCGGUCUGGCUCUUCAUGCUGCUGGCAUACCUGGCUGUGAGCUGCGUGCUGUUCCUGGCAGCCAGACUCAGCCCCUACGAGUGGUACAACCCUCACCCCUGUUUGCAAGACCGACGGGACAUUUUGGAAAACCAGUACACACUGGGAAACAGCCUGUGGUUCCCAGUGGGGGGAUUCAUGCAGCAGGGUUCCGAGAUCAUGCCGAGGGCCCUGUCAACACGCUGCGUCAGCGGGGUCUGGUGGGCCUUCACUCUGAUCAUCAUCUCCUCGUACACGGCUAACCUCGCUGCCUUCCUCACCGUGCAGCGCAUGGAGGUUCCCAUCGAGUCGGCUGACGACCUGGCGGACCAAACCAACAUCGAGUACGGGACCAUCCACGGGGGGAGCACCAUGACCUUCUUCCAGAACUCGCGGUACCAGACGUACCAGCGCAUGUGGAACUACAUGCAAUCGAAGCAGCCCAGCGUGUUUGUGAAGAGCACUGAGGAGGGCAUCGCCCGCGUGGUCAACUCCAAGUACGCCUUCCUGCUGGAGAGCACCAUGAACGAGUACCACCGCUGGCUCAACUGCAACCUCACCCAGAUCGGGGGGCUGCUGGACACCAAGGGCUACGGCAUCGGCAUGCCCCUGGGCUCCCCGUUCCGUGACGAUAUCACCCUGGCGAUCCUGCAGCUGCAGGAGAACAACCGUCUGGACAUCCUGAAGAGGAAGUGGUGGGAGGGAGGCAAGUGUCCCAAAGAGGAGGACCACCGGGCCAAGGGGCUGGGGAUGGAGAAUAUCGGAGGGAUCUUCGUGGUUCUGAUCUGCGGGCUGAUCAUCGCGGUCUUCGUCGCUGUCAUGGAGUUCGUGUGGUCGACGCGGCGCACGGCAGAAUCAGACGAGAUCUCGGUGUGUCAGGAGAUGCUCAGUGAGUUCCAGAACGCGGUCUCCUGUAAGAAGACGUCUCGUUCCCGGAGGAGACGCCCCUUCCCCCGCCGCGGCCGGCUCUCCCUCUCCACCCCGAAGCCCCUCCGCCUGGUCCGGGAGAUGCGACUGAGCAACGGCAAGCUCUACUCGGGGGCCGGGCCCCUGACCGGGGGGGGGGCACACCUCCUGCUCCUCCUCCAACACCCUGGGGGCCGCGGCGGCGGGGGCCCCUCGGAGCUGGGCCCGGGGCCCCAGAGACUCCUGGAAGACCCCCGGAGCGCCAACACCACCCCCCCCGCCCCCCCCCCACCGCCCACCCCCCCUCCCCCGCAGCUACAAACCCCCAGGAGCUGCACCCACAUCCGGAUCUGCCCGGAGUGUCGGAGGAUACAGAGCCUUCGAGCAGCGAGGGGGAGCGGCUCCUGCACCCUGCCCCUCCCCCUGCCCCUCCCGCUGCCCCGCCUCUCCCUCCCGCCCCCUCGCCCCGCCUCCUCCACCUCUGGCAGCGAGGAGAGCGCCAGGCAGGCUGCCAGCGAGCAGGACUGAGAGAAGGAGGGAGAGAGCGCAGAGACUGGAGCAGGAACUCAAACACGUGCAAACCACGGAGGCAAGCCGGGCAGGCUAGAUGCGGCACGCAGAGGGAUUCCGGGCUUCAAGGCUUGUCGAGUGAAGACGGAC